GACUUCACUGGCCAGUGAGAACAUCCCUCAAGCAUGGGAAAUAUUUUUGCUAACCUGUUCAAAGGCCUUUUUGGCAAAAAAGAGAUGAGGAUCCUGAUGGUGGGGCUGGACGCCGCGGGGAAGACAACCAUCUUGUACAAACUGAAACUUGGGGAAAUAGUCACCACCAUUCCCACCAUAGGUUUCAACGUGGAAACAGUAGAAUAUAAGAACAUCAGUUUCACAGUCUGGGAUGUUGGUGGUCAGGAUAAGAUCAGACCACUCUGGCGCCAUUAUUUCCAGAACACACAAGGUCUGAUUUUUGUGGUUGACAGUAAUGACAGAGAACGAGUGAACGAGGCCAGAGAAGAGCUGAUGAGAAUGUUGGCAGAAGAUGAGCUUAGAGAUGCUGUUUUAUUAGUGUUUGCUAACAAA